AAAAAAUAGAAAUAAAACAGAAGAGGAAUCAACAAUACAGAAAUGUGCUGAAAAAGGAGAAAAACAAAGGAAAAACUCAAACAGAACCUGAAUUUAGUUCGUAUUAAGUAAAUUAGUGCGGUCUGCUUGCGAGACUCAAGUUUUAAUUGAUAAUAAACGCAACAAUGCGAAAAUGUUGUAGCCAUGCAGUAGUACAAUAGCUGCACGCACGUUGUGCGGCUUGUAGUGGGAGUUGUUGGAGUUUGAGUGCAACGUUAGGCGAAAAGUUCACUAUUCAUAACAUGUCCACUGACCCCACAGGCAGUUUGAUGCAGAGCUUUCACACACGCUGUGGCCGCUCCAUAACGCUUGGCAAUGGGAAUCGUUCCGCGCAGCGUUCCAUGCGAAAUUUCAGCCAUGCCCUCGUGUUCAGCGCCGAGCCGCUCGUCGACGAUGUGCUCUUCGAGGUGGUCAUCGAAAAGAAGAAUCACUCUUGGGGUGGGAGCAUUGAGAUCGGCGUCACAUCGGAGUCGCCCGAGGAUCUGGAGCUGGUUGCUUGCGCGACGGCUAUGCGCAAUGGAACCUGGGUUAUGUCCGGCAUCGAUGUGCGCAAGGAUGGGCGCCGCCUGCUCGAAUACUACGGCACAGAUCUGGAGACACUCAAUGAAAAUGAUAGAGUUGGGGUCAUGCGCACUUCCAACCACGAUCUCGUCUUCUAUGUCAACGGCGAGUCGCAGGGCGUGGCCGCCAAGAACAUGCCCAAGCCGCUCUGGGCUCUGGUUGAUCUCUACGGACGCUGUGUUCAGGUGUCCAUCUGCCCCACAGAUGUGAGUGCCAUGCACAACACCACCAGCGAGCAGUUGCUGGACUCGCCCUUGCAGCAGCCGCUGCAGCAGGUCAUCCAGAAUUUGGAUGUGCCCAUGAGCGUGGACGUUAGUGUUGUGGACAGCGGGAAUAUUGAUGCUUUGGCCCGGCUUAAUCUCAACGGAAAUGCCAGCUGCAGCUCCAGCAGCGGCAUUGGCGAUUUCUAUGAUGUCAACGAUCGCUUGCGUUUCCAUACGCGUUGUGGUUCUCUGGUCAAGCUGCUGCCCAAUUUUCGCUCAGCCGAGCGCCGUCGUCCACUGGACGAGUUCAAUAAUGGCGUCGUCAUGACGCAUCGUCCACUGCGCGACAACGAACUCUUUGAGAUUCGCAUAGACAAGCUGGUGGACAAGUGGUCGGGCUCGAUUGAGGUGGGCGUCACCACGCACAAUCCCACAGCUCUCCACUUUCCGGCCACAAUGACAAACAUGCGCAGCGGCACCAUCAUGAUGUCCGGUUGCGGCAUCCUGACCAAUGGCAAGGGCACACGCCGGCAGUACGGCGAAUUCAAUUUGGAUGAGUUACGCGAGGGCGACCGGGUGGGCAUGAUGAGGAAGUCGAAUGGCAACCUCCACUACUACAUCAACGGCCAGGAUCAGGGCAUAGCAGCGACGCGGGUAGCCGCCACACUGUGGGGCGUCAUCGAUCUGUACGGCAUGACCAUCAAGGUGACCAUCGUGGAUCGUGACGAGCGCGAGCAGCAGAAUUUAGUCACCAGAAGAAACAACAUUGUCGCUGGCAUGGCUCUGGCCUGCAGCCAUGGCCAGUCUGGGACGCCUACGCUUAGUCUGCUGAGUCCGGAGAGCGAGAUGAAUGUGGCCGGCGCGGCUGGCGGGCUGAGCGAAACCAUCUCCAGCACGCGCGCCAUUGCACGCAACGAUGAUCGCCUCACGUUCCAUCACAUUUGUGGCAGUCAUGCCACGGUCACGCAGAGCGGACGCACAGCGCUCCGGCCCAACGCUGCCGAUGACUUUAAUAAUGGUGUGGUGCUCACGCGUCGUCCGCUGCGUCCCAACGAGCUGUUUCAAGUGCGACUCGAACGCGUCGUCACCAAGUGGGCGGGCUCUGUGGAAAUGGGCGUGACCACACACUCAGCCGACGAACUGGACUUUCCCUUCACCAUGACUAACGUGCGCUCUGGCACUUGGAUGAUGACUGGCAACGGUGUCAUGCAGAACGGUGUUACGGUGAUCGAGCAGUAUGGCCAGAACCUGGAUCGUCUGCAGGUGGGCGAUCGCGUGGGUGUCGUGCGCAAGGACGACGGCACUCUGCACUUUUGGGUGAACGGCGUCGAUCAGGGACCGGCAGCAACGAACGUGCCGGAGCGAGUGUACGGCGUGAUUGACCUGUAUGGCCAGGCGGCACAGGCCAGCAUCAUUGAUACCUCGGAGUGCGGCAGCCCGGACACGGGCAACUCCACCAUUUCCAAUACGACGCUGUACAGCGAGGUGCCGCUGCGGUUCCACAGCAUUCAUGGCGCCAACGCUGGCAUCUCUAAUAGCGGGCUGACUGCUUCGCGUCCCAAUUCCUUGGCCGAGUUCAAUGAUGCCAUUGUGUUCAGUAAUCGGCCGCUGCGUAAUCGGGAACUGUUCGAGGUCGAGCUGGAGACGAUGGUGCGCCAUUGGUCUGGCAACAUUGAGAUUGGUGUGACGGGCACACGACCGGAGGAUAUACAGCUGGCACCAAAUGCCACUGAUUUGGAGGCCAAUGAUACCAUCAUACUGUGCGGUCCCAUGAUCUUCCAUAAUCGCAAGACCAUACGCACCAAUGUACUCAUCGAUUUGGACACACUCGGCACGGGCGCACGGGUCGGCGUCAUGCGGAACGGCGACUACAUCCACUUCUUUGUCGACGGCAUGGACCAGGGUCCGGCUGGGGAAUGCCACGCGCCCAAUAUUUGGGCCAUCAUUGAUCUCUAUGGGCAGUGCGCACAGGUUAGCCUGACCCAGACACAACUGGACAUCCGGGCUCCGUAUGCCACCAGCGAAAAUUCGCAGAGCUGCCAGGCGACGUCCGUCAUACAACAUCCAGCGCUGGAGACCAAGCACCGCUGGACAUUCGUCUCGGGUAACGUGGCGCUGACCAAGGAUUGGACAGAGGCUUCUCGAUACACUGGGUCCACUGCAGCCCUCUCGCACAGCCUGGUCUUCUCCGAGCAUCCCCUGAGUGCGAGCUCGCCCUUCGAAAUAAAGCUGACGUCGAUAAAUCCCAUGUUUGCCGGCUGCCUCAGCAUCGGCAUCACAGAUCUCAACUUGGCGGAUGAAAGCGUGCGGAAGAAGCUGCCCACGAGCCUCAAGCGGAUCCCGGCAAAUGUCUGGUACGUGAGCGGCAACGAGGUGCGCUUCAACUCCAGCUGCUUGCAGCGAUCGCUUGCCUCGCUGGAGUGGCUGCGCGUGGAUGAUCGCAUCACACUGGAGCGCGUCGAGAACUCGGUGAACAUUCUGCUGAACUCCGAGAAUGUCAACAUCCAGUUUCACAAUGUGCCCAACAAUGUGUAUGUUGUGGCCGAGUUGCGCGGCUCGACAAUGGCCGUGCAGGUGAUCUCCACGCAGGUUCCCGCAUCCCCAUUACGCCCAUGCAGCCUGCGCCUCCAGGACUCCAUGGACUUUGGCAUGGACCCGCUGAACAAACAGGACAGCUCAAUGCUGGAAUCGAUAGAUUCAGAGGCGCAGAAUUAUGAGUUUGUCGACAUAUCCAAUAAGCAUACGCGCCUCUCCGAUGAUCGGCGCAGUGCAUCGAGAAGCAAGUCGUUUAACCAGGCCAUCGUGUAUCUCAACAAACCCUUAUGCAAGGGCGAGAGCAUCAGCAUCAAAGUGGACGCGAUUAACAACAAGUGGAAGGGCACCCUGUGCUUGGGUGUGAUGGCGGCCUGCCCCCAGGCACUGGCAGUGCCCAUAUCGUUGCUCAACUGCAAGCGCAGCUGCUGGCUGGCCACGCACGACUACAUCAACCUCAAUGGCCAGGUCAUGGCCUCCAAAUAUGGAGAGGCGCUCGACAGCAUACAGGUGGGCACGGUGAUUACUCUCUCGCUCACCCAUGCCGGCUUGUUAAUCAUUAUGGUGGGCUCCACGAAUUUAGAGGAUCUGGCCAGUGGCCUGCCCGGUCAUGUGUAUCCCAUCUUUGACAUAUAUGGCAAGUGCGAGAAGAUCACUUUGCUAACGGGCAAUGAUGCCACGCGCACUGGCAACGCCAACGGCACGCCCAUCUUGGAGGCACCUGAGGCGCUGGAGCUGGACAAUAUGCCGCAGCAGUGCGAGAAGGCGCACUUGGAAAUGCACGAAAAGGAAAAGGAUACGGAGCAGCUCAGCGACAGCGCCAGAGAAUUGCCCACCGGUGCCUCAACGUCGGCCUCAGCCAAUGUCAUGACCCGAUCCGUGAUGGAGAGCGUCUCAGAAAAUCUCUUACUAAAUAUUUCCAUAAAGAAUCGCACGCUUGAACAGCAGCGCAACGAACUGGGUGGAUCAUCCUCCACUUGCUGCUUGCGCGAGUCCUUGCAGCUGCAGCACAACACAAAUCUGAAUAUACAGCGUAGUCAGAGCACCCAACGGUUUCAGAACUCGCUGAACACCUCCACAGGUGGUGGUGGUGGCGGCGUUGCGAGUGGCUCCAGUGCAGCUGGCCAGUUACAUGGCUCGAAUGCAGUCUAUGACACCAACAAGGAGUACGACGAGCAACUUUUGUGCUCCAGUGCGGCUGCACCAGCCAUGGACGCUUCGCACGAGUCGGAGCACAGUGAAAACAACGUCGAGGCAGUUGCGGAGGCGGCCAAUGAACGUGAACUGUCCAGCGAGCCCGACAAUGUGCUGGAGGAUGAUGAGAUUGAUUAUAUGAAUCACUUGCUGCUGCUGCAGCAGCUGCAACAGAAUGAGUACACGCGCAUGCAACAUCAUUUGAUACCGGACCAAAUGUCCUUACUUAAUUUGGAUCUCUCCUCGCUCAACUCCUUGGAGUCGGAAACCAAUUCCAGUGGCAAUGCUAGAGACUCGUUGCGUAGUGCCGCGGCAGCCAUGGAGCAAAACGAUUGCGAAUAUCUGAAGCAGGUGAAACGGUUUUGUGCCUCCCUCGUGUUGCCGCAGGCCUUUUUCGACGUCCGUCUCGACCCGAUCUGCUUCUGCUCGAAGUGCAACGGCAAUAACAGCGGCAACGGCGACAAACUGGAGGGAUGGGUGUACUUCAAGCUGAAUCAACAAACUGUCAAUGCGCUCAGUACGUCCACGUCGUCUGCUGCCGGCUCUCUGGCGGCACAAGUGCACUUGGAUCUGAAUGGCGACUGGCUGCCCUUCUACUAUAUGACACGCGUGGAUAAGAUUCGCGCCAUUUUGGAUCGUGGGCAGCCGCUGCCGCUGGAAAUGGACGAAGAUACGGUGGCGGCCACGCACAAAGAUGAGCCAGGCACACGUCUGGAGCUCUACUACUCGCCCAAUGCCACAGUGAUUGAGCCGGUGCUGCCACAGCAUCAUUAUGUCUCCGACCAGGGCGUCCAUCGCAUUUCCACCUCGUUCGAGGUGUACGUGCGACGUCAGUCCAUCUCCGGCGUGACCACGGGCAAGGCGGCUACCGAGGCCAAGCGACGCAGCAUGCAUUCGGCUGACAAUGAAGCGACCCAUGAUGGUGGAUCGGGCGGUGCUGGCGGUGCCGGCAGCAGUUCGAGCGCUCUAAGUGAGUCCUCUGUGCAUCUGCUCAACGACCUGUGCUGGUUUACCAAGGAGGCGGGCGCCUGCAUCAUAAACGCUUUAAUUAUUAAAUUGGAUCGCACCGAGGAGCCUUCAAGCGAAGCCUAAGCAAACAAUCUAUGGAUAAUGAUAUUUAUACACUAGUCACCAGCUCGCAGCCAAACCUUCCUAUUUAUCUCAUCCACAUACACGCUAGCUAUCCACGCAUUCGCCUUCGCAUUAGCAUUUCCCCGUUUAUAAACAAGUUUUGUAAUGUAAG